AAAAUUCAUGUUUGUUUUGGCAAUUCGUGUAAAUUUGAGGUUUUUUUUGGCCGAAUUUCCCUUGUUUAAUACACAUGUUUAUGUUUUUUAUCUCACUCACAAAGAAAAAAUAACUGAUUUGAAGGGUCUGAUACAGUUAAUCUCACAAAUACCAAAAAAUACCUAUGGACUUUUGACAAGGUUUUUAGUUUUGGCGUCAGUUCUAAGACAUGAUUAGGAGGUCUAACUAUUAGGUCCCGAAAUAUAGAACUAUCUUAGGAUAAUCAAAAAUAGAAUUGUGCUACCAUCCUUUAUUUUAGUUAUGUGCUGUAUUUCAUACUAAGAAAAAAAAACAUAUAACAGUCUGAAAAAUGUAAGAGAAAAGGGGGGGAAAACAGAAACCGUCCGAUUAUAAAUUGAACGAUGAGAGAUGAAUGUUCUCUCGAGUGUGGCGAGUUGGUAGUGAGAGAGAAAAUUAAAAACAAUUAAAACAGAAGAAAAAAUGUAAAAAUUGUUUUUUUUUUUUUGUAAAAUCUGGAAACAAAAAGAAAGAAGAAGAUUUUUUUUCUUUUUGAUAAGCAAAGAAAGAAGAAGAUGAGAGAGAAGGAGACAGAGAAUUAAAUUAGAGGUGUACAGGGGAGAGACUGAGAGAGAGAGAGGGAUUAUUAAGGUUAUGGCGGCGUUGCAGAGCGCGAGAAAGGUGAUUAAACAUCUCUCUGAUCUCUCUUCUUCUUUCCCUUUCUCUCUGUGUGUUUUUUAAAAACUCUUUUUCCCCUUUUUUUAAAUACUCACUCUUCUCUCGUACCGACAAACGAGCUCUGCCUUUACCAGACCCUUAAAAGCUACUCAACUUCAAUACACUCCAAACUCAGAGAAUGAAUACUUCUACCUAAACCCUAGUAACCCUCUUACUCUCAAUAGUCUCGAAGAUCUAGAGGGAGAAAAUUAAAAAAAAAAAAGAGAGAGAGAGAGAGAGAGAGAUAGGAUUUUUAGAGAGGAUCUUUAGAGCGUGGUAUAGUAUAUAUGGAUAGUGGUCGUGUUGCGAGUGAAUGGCGGGGUUUUUCUCGUUAGGCGGUGGAGGAGGAGGCGGAGGGGGAGGAAACAGCCAAGAAGAACACCGGAAUCCUCCUCCGCCUGUAUCAGAGGCUUGGCUCUGGUACAGAAACCCUAACACAAACGCAAACGCCCCUUCCUCUUCAAACGCUGCUUUAGGCACACUUGAGCUAUGGCAAAACCACAAUCAGCAAGAAAUCAUGUUCCAGCAUCAACAACAUCAACAAAGGUUAGAUCUUUACUCCUCAGCCGCUGGUUUAGGAGUCGGACCAAGCAACCAUAGUCAAUUCGAUAUCUCCGGCGAAACCUCAAACGCCGCCGCCGGGAGAGCAGCGGCGCUCAUGAUGAUGCGGAGUGGCGGAAGCGGCGGAGGAGGAAACGGUGCGAGCUGUCAAGACUGUGGGAAUCAGGCGAAGAAAGACUGUGCUCACGUUAGGUGUCGAACUUGCUGCAAGAGCCGUGGCUUCGACUGUCCUACGCACGUGAGGAGCACGUGGGUUCCUGCCGCAAAACGCCGUGAGAGACAACAUCAGCUAGCCACGGUUCAGCCUCAAACGCACCAGCCACGCGGUGACAGCGGCGUACCCAAACGCCAACGUGAGAACUUACCAGCAACUUCUUCUGCUCUUGUCUGCACUCGCAUACCUACCCACAACGCUUCAGGUUUAGAGGUUGGAGAUUUCCCAACGGAGGUGUGCUCACCGGCAGUGUUUAGAUGCGUGCGAGUGAGCUCUGUGGAAGAUGGAGAAGAAGAGCUUGCUUACCAAACAGCCGUAAGCAUCGGUGGUCACAUCUUUAAAGGCGUUCUCUACGACAAGGGUCCUGGAAGUAGCGGCGGCUACAACGCAAUCGCCACGGGUGAGAGCUCUUCUGGUGGCGGAGGAGGACACCAGCUGAAUCUCAUAACAGCUGGAUCUGUGACUGUCGCAACGGCUUCUUCCUCCACUCCAAACGCCGGUCGUAUAGGCAGCUCCUCCGCUGCGUCUUACAAUGAUCCAUCCUCUCUUUAUCCAACUCCGAUUAACACUUUCAUGGCCGGUACACAGUUCUUUCCUAACCCAAGAUCAUGAUGUUAUAUGACAUAAUGCAGAAUAACUCUUUUGAAUUCUUAGAAUAGAAUUAGGGUUUUACAAGUCAUGAAUUGUUGGGUCCAUAUUACAUAAAGAUGUAAAAGGGGGAAAAUUAGGAGGAAAGUGGAUCUGUUUAUGCUUCUUCUGGACACUCAAAGUCGUUGCAAUUCUAGGGUUUUAAAAGGGAAAUUUAACUAAAUAAUAUCAUCAUCUUAUUAUAAUGAUUGUGUGAGGAUAUAGUGUUAUUUAAAUGUUGCCUGAAUGGCUGAAUCUUUGUUUCAUUAAUGUGUAUGUUUCUUGAUUGCGUAACACGUAACCUUAGAAUCCGGAGAUAAUGUUUAUCAUCUUUAUGUCACCUUCUGUGUCUUCUUCUAACCAAACCAAUAGAAAAUUUCGUUAUAUAUGUUGCAUAUACUAGCUUUAUCAUUUAAUUUCCUCAACCAAUGUUUCAAUUAUGGCGACUAUUAUAUGGUCUGCGUUGCCCAUCCAAAGCAUUUAAUGAUUUUCAAUUUGUAUUAUUUAAUUGGUUCGUUACUUACUAUUACUACUAGUAAUUGACAUGUGAUAGAAUCAGAGAAAAGAUUACUACAUGGUAAUUGUAUGUUAGACGAGCGACAUGUAGAUCAUGUGACAUGAGAAUGUACCUUGUUUAAUCCUAUUAACCAUUCCUCAAUCCGUCCAUCAUUCCUUUGAUUACUAAAAAAAAGAAAAAAUUAAGUUUAACUCUACAAUUUUUUUUUUAAUGUGUGACUUAUAAAGUGUUGUUCAAUGGUAAAAUCGCUGGUUUCAAAAGUGUUGUUCAAUGAUCCGAGUGUAUUUGUCACACAAUUAAAAAAUAAUAAUUUAAUUUUAUUAGAAAAUAUAUUAUUUGUUUCUAGUUAAAAUGAACCAAUUCUAACCUAUAAGGCCAUAAUUGAAUUUCAUGUGUUUUUUUUUUUGACAAAAAAGAAUUUCAUGAGUUAAUAAUUCAUUUUGUAAGAGUAUAACAAAUGUAUGUUUUUAUUCCGUAUGAAAAUUAAGUAAAGCUAUUAAUUACUUUGAAAAGGGAAGUUUUUAUAUAUCUUUAUUGUCCAUACAAAAAUAGCCACGCCCACAAGUUCAUGUAACCUUACGUUGAUAUAUACAUGUUCUUUUAUUGCAUGCACAAUGUAUGUAUACACUUCUACACAUGAUAUGUCAUACACUCACACAAUAAUAUAUAUACGUAUUACGUUUAUAUAUAGAGAGAGAUAUUUCACAAUAAUUUUGAGUAAGCUUUCUUGAGCUAUAUAUAUCAUGCACCUACUAUGAAUUGGAAUGUCAAAUGAUAUUUAUUAUGGGGAAGAAUGGGUGCGGUAUGAUUUGUAACCUCAUCUUGUUUUUUAUGAGUUUUGUGGAGUUGGUGAAGCUAAAUCCCAAAUGCAAUUCGGAUUGCGUGAUCGACCGAUUUGGUCCAUUCUGAAAUAGUGCUGCCAUCCAAUCGGCCAACUCGUUCUGACUUUUACUCCGUGCCAUAUCCCACUUUUUCUUAUAUCCAACAAAUUAUCAUAUGUAUAGUACAUACCAGUGGCGGAACUAGGAAAAUUUGUCAAGGGGGUCAAAUUCAUAAUUACCAUAUAUCAUAGGGGUCAAUUUACUAAAUUUUACAUUAUUUCCCAGAUUUCCAAAGAAAUAUACAUGUAAAUUUUUUUUAUUCAUAAACUCACAUGGGUCAAUUGACCCACAUGCUAACAAGGUAGUUCCGCUACUGGUACAUACACUGAUCCACAUGUAUAUCAGUAUAAUAUUUCAAAUCUAUAUUAUUAUUAAAACUAAAGUAUUUUUUGGUACAGUUUGGAAACAUGAAUAACAGUAUAAAUGAAAAUUGUUUGGAAACAUGAAUAACAUUAUAAAAAAAAUGUAUAAUGUCUUUUUAGUAAUUUCAUUAAUAUAAAUACAUUAAUUAUCUUUCCAUAUUUCACUCAUUUUAGCAAUUUUAUUAAUUAUAUUACCUUAAUAAUGCAUCACAUCAUUAAUUAUAUUACCAUAAUAAGAAUAGUGGAGAUUUUUAUUUAUUAGUAAUCAAUAUUAACUUUGUGCCAAUUAUAAAGAAAAUGUAAAAUAACUGGAUUUUGUUUUACUAAAACAUUUUUAUAAAUUUUAGUCUAAUUAUGUGGAAAAUUAUGUAGCCAAAAACAUAAUUCAAAGACAUAAUUUUUGAAUAAAAUAAUAACUUAAAUCAAAAUAAUAAAAAGUGUAUUACAUUUAUUGUCAUUUAAUUUUCUACUCCAUAUAGUUAUUAUACUAAAUAAAAAAAAACUCUUUCUAUUUCACUUAAUUUAUCCAAACACAUAGAAAAAACUCUUUUUAUUAGUUUAUAAAAUCAGUUAGACAUGAACAUUGACUAUCUAUUUAGGUACAAGUUUUUUUUUGGGUAUCGUUAUUUUUUUUGUUUUGAAAUUAAGUCCCACUAGAAUAUUAUAAAUUUAUGUGUGGAUUUUGAAUUGGGUCAUUCUGGGUCUGGAUAAGUUGUAAUGCUUUUAUAUGUAUAGUCCGUGUCAUGUCAUGUAUUCGGAAAAGAUUUAUAUUCUUUCUAUUUCAUAAUAUAAAUAAUUUUUGAAGUUUUUAAAAAUAUAAAUAAUUUUAAUAUUUUACUUUAAUGUACUUUUUGUACUUGGAAAUUAAUUAUGUAUGAUUUUUAUUAUAAUUUGAAUUUUUAAACAGUAACAAGUUUUAAUAUUAGUAUUUUUACAUCUUAAAAUACAUGGAGUAUUAUUUUUUGAAGAAAUUCCAAGGCCUAAAUUCUAAAAUUUAUUAUCGUCCAGACAUUUAUUAAUCAUAAAAUUACUGGUUUCACCCUACAUAAAAUAAAAUCAAGAUCGAAGUGAGUCAACUGGAUUUCACUGACCCAAAAACAUACGACAUGUGUUGCACCGAAUUGACAUUUACGUAAUCAUCAUCAUCUUAUUUUUUUUCAUUAGCUCGACAUUGAUAUCCAAGAUAUGAUACAUAUUACUACGAUUUACGAACGCUAAGGUCCCCAACACUAUUUUAAACGGUACAUUUUAUCAGAGCAGCUUCAACCAUGAAAUAUGUGAAGGAGUUUCUAAGAAAAUAAUGUAAUAAAAAUAAAUGAAAAAAUAAAAAUUAAUUGGAUAGUGUUAGAAUCGAUCCUUAAGAGGUUUAGAACCUUUUUAAAAUCUUAUGAAUAUGACACAUGUCACUUUGUAGUUGGUCAACAUUAAAAGCACCUAUACUUUAAAUUUUAAAUAUAUACUUCAUAUGAUAUUUAAAAUAUUUUAACAUUUUUAUAAAUCUUAAAAUAAAAUUAUCUAUAUGUAACAAGAUCCAUUAUUCAUAGAUUAAAAUUAUAUAUUAAUACAAAUUUAAAUUGAAAUGAUUGAAGUUCAAUACAAUAAUAGUAUAAUAGAUUUUUAAUUAAUAUAAUAGUACCAAAAGCUAUAAAUUUCAAAAUUAUAAAAUAUUACUAAGAUUUGAGACAUAAAAAUAAUUAGUGUAAUUAUUAUUUUUUCUCUAUAUAUAGCCUUCAUAUUUAGCUUAUAAAAUCUCAUAACAUUGUGUAUCUCUUUCUUUCUUUUCGUUUUCUUAGGUUUUAUUUUUAGAAGUUGUUAUGUGAUUUAUGUUUGUUUGUGUUAUUUAAAAUAUUAUAACUCUUUUAUUAUAUUUAAGUUUAAGAUAAGUUUUUAAAAUAUUUGUCCUAAACUAAAUUACUAAAUAAAAUAAAAUAAAACUAUUAUUAUAAUGAUAAGAAACUUAAUGGAUAUCUACCAAUGGAGCUGAAAAAUUUGGUAUAGUUUCUUAACUUAAUUUCUACUUAAAAUAAUAAUAUUAUAUUAGUAAUAUAUACUUAAUGAGUAUCUUACCAUGAAGUUUGCUCUUAGAGGUAGACAUGACUCAAAUAUUUAGGUUUUUAUCAGUAUUCGUGAUCCAAUAUAUUUCGUCCGAAUAAUUAAUUAUCUGAUUUGAUCCUCUAUGCACUGACAUUGAUAUUCAAUGUCCAUAUAUUUAUUUUUUUUAUAUUUUUAAUUUGAAAUUUGGUUCGAUACGUAAGAAAAUAAAAAUAAAAAGUAUUAAAAAACUAAAAUAAUUUAAAUAAUAAUAUUUUGUUACAAAUUUAUUUUUCAGAAAACUCUACUAACUAAAAUAAUCCAUUUAAUAAUAAGAUAUUGCAAAAUUUUAAUAUAUAUAUAAUAAUUAUAUAUAUAAGUAUUUAAAUAUAUGUAUAUAUAUAUAUGCAUAUAAGAGAUCAGACAGGAUAUUCAUUCCUAAAGAUAUUAGUAUUUGUUAAUUGUUUUAUUUUUUACGGAUAUUGCAUAUUAGUAUUUGCAUUGUUUUGUAAAUUAUGGAUAUUCAAAAUUUUGGUUCGAAUAAAAAAAGAUAACAAGUUGAAUCAAAAUUUACAUAUAUUGUGGAUACAUUUUAUUAGAAUUCCAAACCAACAUUACAAUAAACCAUUUUGAUUUGCGAGAAAAAAUUAUUGAAAUUGGGAAUGUAUUAAAUUAUAGUAAAUUAAAGCAUUUACUCAUAGAUUUAACUCACAAAGUCACAGACACUCAAGAAAGUGAAUCAAGAAACACAACUCAAUCACUGUCGAACCUUUCUAAACUACUUCUCUUAUACAACAAUUUUAACAUUUAGUCAAAAACAAAAAACAAGUUAUACACAACAACCCCAACUUAAUUAACAAUAAACUAAAUAUAAGCCCUACACAAACAGAAUGUAAACCAAAUACUCACUGAUUUUCUUAAAAUACAGCCCGAAUCAGUUCAAAGGACAAACCAAACGAAUGUUUAUGACAUAAUAAUUUGACGAAUAUAUUUUUAUUUAGAUAUUUUUGUUAUUGUUUAUAAGAAAAUAAUAUUUCUAAUUUUUGUACAAUAAUAAUUUUAUAAAAAUGUACCAUUGUUUAUAGAACAUUUAUUAACAAAUAUAUAAAAAUUAUAUCGUUAGAUAAUUAUAAUUUACAUUUGAAAUUCUGUAUUAGUGAAUGAUUUUAAUUAAAAAAAAUUAUCGAUAUAGUUAAAUGUUUAUAUAAACAUUGACUAACAUUGCUAUUUCAUAAGUUACCUAACUUACCUUCAUCAAUUAAUAAUAAAAUUUGAAUUAGUUUAUGAAAGUAUAAUGCUAUUUAUAUUGUAAAUAUGUAUAAUAAAAACUAUAAAAUAUGUUAUUAGAAUUUUACUUAGGGCAUCUUAAAUGGACCAGCACUGAAUAUAAUCAAAACUGAAACACAACCAUAUAUUAACCUAUGUGUAUGUUACUAUAAUUCUAGAACUAAAACCAAACUUCAAAAGUAAACGUCGGCCACUAAGAAAUCUAUUCUAUUAAAAGGGAAGUAUUUUUGAAAAAUCUACUUAUACAAAGUUAAUGCACCCUUUCAUUUUUAGUCCAACCUAUUAUAUAUAACUAGAUAUUAUAACUGAACUCCUAUUAUAUAGCAACCAAAUAAUAUUUUCCAACAUUUAGAAAUAUAUUGUAAUCUCUCUUUUAAUUCUAACAUUUUUUUGGAUCCACUUUUUUAUCUACAUAUAAUACCAAACGUAAUUGACCUUUAUAGGAUCUACAACUUAUAACAUCUACCGUUAACUAACGUGCUAUACCAAUAUCAACACUAUUAACAAAACAAAUUAUAUCAGACAUUGUGGACAAUAUAGAAGGUUUCAUAUUGUGUUAUUAGAUUAUAUAUUUGGGACUGCAAUACUAAAUAAAAAAAAUAUGCUAAAUAAAUCUUAAGUCUUAUCAACUCAACAAAUAAAAAUAUUAUAAAAUGCACACCAAAUAUAACGAGAGAGAGUAAAGUUUAAUAUUUGGGUCUUCGGGCCGAGUUGGAUCGAUUCUUUUUAUGUCCUAGACAUUUAAACCAACUAGAUAUUUGAAAAUUUCAGUUCGGAUUCGGGUUGGUUCCGGAUCGGUUCAGAUUCGUAAUUCAAAUAACUAUAAUUUUUGGUUACAUGACGGGUUUGACCGAUUUGAAUAUUUAAAACCCGAAAAGAUUUGAAAUACCCGAAAAUACAAAAAUCCCUGAAACAUGAAAUUUUUUGAAAACUCAAACAAAACUCUUAAAAGUUCAAAUAAUUUAUAUAACCCAAAACUUUACCCAAAAUAUAAACUAAAAAACAGAAAAUAUCCAAAAUUUUACGGCUGUCAAAAAAAAAAAAUCCAAAAUUUUAUU